AUUUUUAAAUAUAAAAUACUGUGUUAGUAAUUAUAAGAAUUAAGAAUUUAUAUUUUAAUAUACGGUUUUAAUUCUUAACUGUAGGCGUAAGAAUAUUCUUAUAAGGCCAAUCAAAUUGUAUUUUAUUUUUUAUAUAAAAUUUUAUGGCAUCAGCUUUCCCAUACUUUAUCAAUGUCGUUACUUGAAGACGUUUUUCUGCAAGAUGAGGCAAACGAAGCCCAAGAAUUAGAGAGAGUUAUUGAAGGUGGUGAUUAUGAAGAGAGGGUUGUUUCCAACAGCGAUGAUAAUAGUGAGAAAGAAGACGAAGCAGAAGAAGACAAAAGACGUGUAGAUCCUGGAUCUACGAAAAUAAAGAGAGUGGUAAAAAACCCAAGGUUUAUACUAAAUCCUGCCCGACUUACUGGUCCUAGAGGAAUUCAAGUUAUUCCUGAACAUUUCAAAGAUUUUAAAUUUAAAGGUAAAGGUCAUGAAAAGGAAGAUUUAGAUCUUGUUUUAAAAAAACUAGAGCACUGGGCAUACAGAUUGUAUCCUAAAUUUAAGUUUGAGGACUGCUUAAAGAAAAUAGAGACAUUGGGAAAGAAACGCCCUGUUAUGGUACAUCUCCACAAGAUCAGAUCAGAUCAAUUUGUUUCUGAUGAGCUUGUAGUACAGAAGGACUCCAGUGAUGAAGAGACUGCUGAACCAGAGCCAGAUGAAUUUGAUAAGCUACUACAACAGCAAAUAGAAUUGGCAAGAGCCACCCCUGGCCCUGCUAAUAAAAGCAUUGAUGCCUCGGUUGAAAAUCGAUCACUAGCAGUGCCUAUAACUACGUCAUCUCCGUCAAUAAGUGAGGAGCAAACGCAAAGAAUGCUUCGCAAUCGAAAACUAGCUGAAGAAAGACGACACGCUAAGCUAAAUAAUUCCAGUAGCACUACUCCUAACAAUUCUAAUUUGACAGAUGUGUGUGAUGUACAUAAUUAUAUACAGAGGAACACAAAAGAAGCUUGUUCAGAUGAAGAAAAUGCUGGUAAGGCAAGAACAGAGGGGCAGAUACAUAAAAAUGAAGAAAUAGAACCUAAUAAAAAUUUAACAAAAAAGGGUAAGCCAAAUGCUAUAGACAGUUCUGACGAAAUAUCGGAUAACGAAAUUAAAGCACUGAAGAAUACUUAUGAAGAUGAUAAUAUAGAUAAGGAAACAGCCAAAUCACAUGGAAAAAAGCGUAAAGCUAAUAUUUUACAUAGUUCAGAUGACGAAAACCAUGAUCAAACUGAAAUAAGUGAUGACAGUGCAAGAAUAAGUCUUAAUAAAAAUGUUUCCAAAGCAACAAUAGAAUUAAAUGAUUUUAAUGAUGGUUCUAAGCAAAAUGGAAACAAUGAAUUGAAUAGGAGUAGUGAAUUAGGUGUUAGAGAUGUAGUUUUAGAAAAUAGUAUGAUACAAAGCACAAUACAAGGCUUGGUAGAAAACGAUAAUAAUAUUAACUUGGAACGCGAUUUAAAUAAUCAUGGCGUCAAUAACGAAGGUGGUACUAAUGAUAAUGAAGGAAAUGAGGAAUUAAUGGAUGUAGAUUUUAAUGACGACUUUUAAUAAUAGACAAAAUCAUAGAAAAUUGCGUUAGGGUGAAAAACAUGUUUAUUACAUAAGUAUCAGUCUAGAGAGGAUUUUAAAGUAAAAUGUAACUUAUGAACAAAAGUGAGCGACAAUUUUAUGGUAUGCUAGAAGUUUAUAAUUUAUAAGCUAUUUCACAAACUGAAACUACUUAAAUUAAGUUUGCUUUCUAAACAGUAUUUCCAAUCGAAGAAUUGAUCUUUAAUAAACAAUUUAAACGAAAUUAUUUUUAGUUUUAUAUUCUGUUCUUGCAUUAUUUGAUUAUGCUUCUGAAAUCUGUAAUGUUAUAUUUUUCUUGAUGUCUGAUAAACAGCGAAAGGGUAGGACUGCGUUCUUAAUUUCGUUGGAACAAUAAAUAUAAACAAAUAUUAAAUUUCGAAAAAAUUUAUUACAUUAUUUCAAACGAAAAUACUUAUCACAGUACACAAUGGUUGAAAAUAAACUUUAAAUAACCUUAUUCUACAAAUGCAGAUGUAAACGAUGUAAAUAAAUAACAUUUAGCGUAGAAAUAUUUAUUUCUGCAAAAAUAAAAAUGGUGUGGCAUUUUCAUACUGACUCAAAUUAAAGAUGCCAAAUCAUAGUUUUGCUAGAAGCCACUAUAAUCUUGGCACCGAGAACUAAUUUCUAGUCGGCUGAAGUACUAAGGUCAUGGUCAAGUUAUGGCAUUUGUAUAACUAGAAAGUGAACUAUGUCUUUUAUAGUGAGAUUAAAGUAUUUGAAAAAUACUAUUGAU